UAAGUGACUAGGCUGAGUAAUCGCAUUCCUCACACUAAUUUACGCGGACGCGAAAUCUCGAGCGCGUUGUCGGUGCAGGGUGUCGUGUCUCUCUUUCACUCUGGCAGUUUUGGGGUCCCGGUCAACACACAACUCACAACAUAGGUCGAGACACAAUCCGAUAUCAUCCACCCGUCCCCCAUUUCACGACCUACGAACCACAUCUACGAUCGAGCGUGUCUUCUACCAUUAACUCGAUACUACAUACGUUCACGCUCAGGCUCAGGCUUAGGCUCAAUUGAUCUGCAUCCUUGCACUCUACGAAUUCUACGCCUUACACCACCGCGAAGAAUACUCCUGUACACGAAAUCAACAUGGCCUCCGUCCGCAGUCGAACACGGUUCGUCAAAUCCUCUAAACGGGGUGGCGGUGGCGGUCGCGGAGGAGGAAACAGUGCCGGAUUCGAGCGGCGAUACAAGACCAAGACUGUGACCUCUGGAACGCUCCUAACAACGGAGGCAACGUCUGCAGAAGAGAAAUUCGAGCGAGUGCGGCAGGGGAACGCAAUCGAUGACCAGAUGGGAUUUUUACGGUACGACAGCGGGCCAAAGAAGGUGGGCUGGCUGGUCAACAUGCAGCCUACGACUCUCGAGGUCGAGGGGACCUCCGGGAAGGCGGGAGUAGAUUUCUACUUUCUGGAUGGGGAGGGGGAUAGUUUUAAGGCUACGGUUAUUUACGAUCCGUAUUUCUUGAUUGCAACGAAACCGGGGACCGAGGGUGAGGUCGAAGAGUGGUUGAGGAGGAAGUUCGAGGGGUUGAUUAAGAAGACGUCGAGGACAACGAAGGAGGAUCUCAGCAUGCCGAAUCAUCUCUUAGGUUACCGACGGACGUUCGUGCAAUUGGAUUUCGCCAAUGUUACAGAUUUGCUGGCGGUGCGGAAGGAGAUCAUGCCAAUCGUUGCGAAGAAUAAGAAGAAUGUGGAUGUAAUGGAUGCGUAUGCGGAAGUUGUUAGCGUAACGAUGGCGGGUUUUGAUUUCUUAGGCGACGAUCAUGAUGCACGAAACAAACCUACGGUGCCCGCCGAUCCAAACGAAUAUAUCGUCGACAUACGAGAGUACGACGUCCCUUACCAUGUCCGGGUGGCUAUCGACAAAGAUAUUCGGGUUGGUAAAUGGUAUACAGUGGAGGCAAAGCACGGCGUUACAUCGAUUACCUGCAUAGAGGACCGACUGGAGCGGCCAGAUCCCGUGGUUCUAGCGUUCGAUAUCGAAACUACUAAGCUACCCUUGAAGUUUCCUGACGCAUUGAUCGAUCAGGUCAUGAUGAUUUCGUACAUGAUCGAGGGACAAGGUUUCCUGAUCACCAACCGCGAAAUAGUGUCGGAAGACAUUUCAGAUUUCGAGUAUACCCCGAAGCCAGAAUACGAGGGACAGUUCAUGAUUUUCAAUGAGCCCGACGAGAAGGCGGUCAUCGAGCGGUUCUUCGAGCAUAUCAAGGAGGCCAAACCGACAGUUAUUGUGACGUACAACGGUGACUUCUUCGAUUGGCCAUUCAUAGAAGCCAGAGCGUCUUUCCUAGGAAUAGACAUGUAUCAGGAGAUCGGGUUCCGGAAAGACACCGAAGAUCUAUACAAAAGCAACUAUUGUGUACAUAUGGAUGCGUUCUCUUGGGUGAGGCGUGAUUCUUACCUACCACAAGGAAGUCAGGGUUUGAAGGCUGUCUGCGUCGCAAAACUGGGUUACGAUCCAGACGAAUUGGAUCCUGAGUUGAUGACCAGGUAUGCCGCUGAAAAGCCACAGACUCUCGCCGAGUAUUCGGUAUCCGAUGCCGUCGCGACAUAUUACCUGUACAUGAAAUAUGUGCAUCCGUUCAUCUUCUCGCUCUGCACCAUUAUUCCGCUGAAUCCGGAUGAUGUCCUGCGGAAAGGAACUGGAACACUAUGUGAGAUGUUGCUGAUGGUACAAGCGUAUCAGAAGGGAAUAGUGCUACCCAACAAACACAAGGGACAGCCGGAAUCCUUCUAUGAAGGCCACCUCCUAGAAUCGGAAACGUACGUCGGUGGUCACGUCGAAUCGAUCGAAGCUGGAGUAUUUCGGAGUGACAUCCCGGUGAACUUUGUCAUCGACACUACAGCAAUAGAUAAACUGGUAAAAGAGUUAGACGCUGCUUUGAAGUUCAGCAUUGUGGUAGAAGGCGGCAAGAAACUCGAGCAAGUAACCAAUUACGAUGAGGUCAAAGAGCAAAUUGAAGCAAAGCUUCUCGAACUGAAGGUGUUGCCUCAACGGAAUGAACGCCCUUCAAUCUACCAUUUAGAUGUUGCAUCCAUGUACCCCAAUAUCAUGACAACCAACCGUUUGCAACCGGACUCGAUGAUAGAAGAGGCCGACUGCGCUGCUUGCGAUUUCAAUAGGCCAGGAAAGACCUGCGAUCGUCGGUUGCCAUGGGCCUGGCGAGGCGAGUACCUACCGGCAAAGCGCGAUGAGUACAACAUGAUCAAGCGUGCGCUGGAGAACGAAACAUUUCCGCCACGGUACCCCAACCAGCCGCGACGCACGUGGGAUGAAUUGCCACAGGAAGACCAAGCUGUACAAGUCAAGAAACGUCUACAAGAUUUCAGCAAGAAGAUUUACCACAAGAUCCACGAAUCGAAGACAAUCGAGAAGGAGGCCAUCAUUUGUCAAAGAGAGAAUCCAUUCUACGUCGACACCGUGAAGGAUUUCCGUGACCGCCGCUACCAUUUCAAGGGACAACAGAAAGUUUGGAACCGGAAGACGGCAGAGCUCAAGGGGGCUGGCGCUGCGCCCAUAGAAGUGGAGCAGGCAAAGAAGAUGGUUAUUCUAUUCGACUCCCUUCAACUAGCCCACAAAGUCAUUCUAAACAGUUUCUACGGGUAUGUCAUGAGAAAGGGAUCACGAUGGUACUCCAUGGAGAUGGCCGGAGUGACUUGCCUUACCGGUGCGCAUAUUAUCCAACUGGCCAAAGACCUGGUGGAGCGAGUUGGGCGGCCUCUGGAGUUGGAUACCGACGGAAUUUGGUGCAUUCUUCCUGCGACGUUUCCGGAGAACUUUGCGUUCAAACUUGACGGAGGCGGGAAACUGCCGAUAUCCUACCCUUGCGUCAUGUUGAAUCACCUUGUGCACGAGAAGUUCACCAAUGAUCAGUACCAGGAACUAGUGGAUCCGGCCAAUUAUCGUUAUGAAACUCAUAGCGAGAACACUAUCUUCUUUGAGGUCGAUGGACCUUACAGAGCCAUGAUUCUACCCACUUCGAAGGAGGAGGAUAAGAAUUUGAAGAAGCGAUAUGCUGUCUUCAACCACGACGGCAGUCUUGCAGAACUGAAGGGCUUCGAAGUCAAGCGUCGUGGAGAGUUGAAGCUCAUCAAGAUCUUCCAGACGCAAAUCUUCAAGUUCUUCUUGGAAGGCACAACACUCCAAGAGUGUUAUGAUGCCGUGGCAAAGGUCUCGAAUCAAUGGCUUGAUGUUCUGUAUUCGCAUGGAUCUACCCUAGCGGAUGCCGAGCUCAUGGAUCUCAUUUCUGAGAACCGAAGCAUGUCCAAAUCCCUGGAGGAAUACGGCAGUCAAAAAUCGACGUCAAUCACCACAGCCCGCCGUCUUGCAGAGUUCCUCGGUGAGCAGAUGGUGAAGGACAAAGGCCUGGCCUGUAAAUUCGUCAUCUCGUCGCGACCGCGCAAUGCCCCGGUGGCUGAAAGAGCUAUUCCAGUUGCGAUCUUCUCCGCAGAGGAAAACAUCAAGCGGCACUUUCUGCGGAAAUGGCUCAAGGACGAUCCAGGCGACAUGGACCCCAGAGAUAUAAUCGAUUGGGGAUACUACCUCGAGCGAUUAGGUUCCGUCAUCCAGAAACUCAUCACCAUUCCUGCCGCGCUCCAGAAAUGUCGGAAUCCCGUACCGCGAGUAGCUCAUCCUGAGUGGCUUCAGCGGAGGAUCAAUAUCAAGGACGACAGGUUCAAGCAGAAGAAGAUGACCGAUAUGUUUGUCCGGCACGAAGGUCCAGCUCCUGCUCCCGAGUUGGAUAUGGAGGACUUUGGCAAGAUUUCCGUCACUAAGCCAGUAGUCGGGACGGCGAAGAAGCUAGGAAAACGGAAAUCACGGCCUGGCGCUCAAGAGCAGCCCGGCGACGAUCCUUUCGCUAGCCUCCCGGACGAGAUGCCGUCGAUGACGGAGGAUUACCCCGGAUGGCUGAAAUACCAGAAACAGAAGUGGAGUAUCCAGAAGCAUGCUAGGGAACGACGCCGCCAGCUGUUUGGUGACCAACCUGGCGCUACUACAGCUGGUCUUAGUGGUUACUUCAGGCAGAAGGCGCAGAAUUUCUUCUCAAAGAAUUGGCAGGUUUUGCAGCUGAAGGCAAGCGAAGUGCCCGGUGAAGUCAAGGCUCAUGUCUUGAUCGAAAACAAGAUUCAGGUCAUAAAGAUCAAGGUCCCGAGACAGCUCUACAUGAACUUGAAAGAAAAUGACCUGCCGGAUGUCGAGAUAGAGGGAUGCAUGGCCGAGAAAGUGAACCAUACGCUGCCGAACGGACAUCCUUCUGUGCAUCUUUUCCAGCUUACCAUGCCGGAGGAGGUUUAUGUCUCGGAGGCCCGCAAGCUGUCGCACUUGUUUACGCAUCCCAGUGUUGAAGGAGUGUACGAGACUCAAGUUCCAUCGGUCAUUAGGGCAGUGUUGAACCUCGGAAGCAUCUGCACAUUCGAUGACUCGCAGAAGGGAGUCCUCGGAAAAGGUCUUGAGCAAGGUUUCGAUCUUUCAGCUUUAAGGCGUGUAGAGAGCAAGAUACCCUAUUUGUCUCAAAAUCCCCUAGAAUACACCUUCGUGUAUCACCUUAUUGCUGGAGAUAGACAGAUAUUUGGCUUCUUCUCGACAUCAAAGUCUGAAGCCUACGUUGUGGUUCACAACACCAAAGAUGCCAGCCUUCCCAACAUGGACAAGAUAUAUGCCGAGCAACUUCUUGCACGCCGGACGAAGGAGCCGGAUGGCGCCUGGCAAAAAUCUUUCGAAUAUCAAGACAAGAUUCACUUCAAGAUCAUCUCCACCAACACCAAGAAGAAGUUGCAGAAGGAGAUCUCAACCAUCAUCAAAAACCUUACAUCCGAUGAGUCGGGGCCGACCAUGCUAAUUGUCCAAUCGCCCAAACGGCGGCUUCUCAUGGAGACCAUUCCUACGUUGAACGAGUUUCCUAUUCUGCCGCUGAAAUCGGAGCCUUCAGACAGCAGUCUACCGCCCUUGGGAUGGCAAACAUUUGUGGCGAAACGAAUUGUAACGAAUUACCUAGCACUCGGGUCUUGGAUUUCGCAUUUGAUGGAUCUUGCACGAUACGGAGAUAUUCCUCUCUGUAAUCUGGAACGUGAUGAUCCCAAGUUCCUCAUCGACAUUGCAUACGCUCGGCGGUUACAAAGCAACAAUGUCGUCCUCUGGUGGUCGCCAUCACCGAAGCCGGAUCAUGGAGGACACGAGAAGGAUGAUGUCUUCGGAGCGAUGGAGACUGUUGAGAUGCCUAUCAUUAAUAAUCCUGGAUCAUAUUCGUCUGUAUGCAUCGAGAUUGAUGUCCGCAACCUGGCUAUCAAUACAAUACUCACCUCAUCCCUCAUCAACGAGCUCGAAGGCAGCGACUCGGUGACCCUCAAUCCUGCUGCGCCGACAGAGGAUGGUCAAGGUGAUGGUGCAAAUGUCAUAUUCGCCGACAAUGCGUUCGCGACAGCUGGCGUGAUGGUUCUCCGAGAUAUGGUCAAAGCUUGGUGGGCGGAGGCAUGUAAGGGCAAUAAUAUGGCCGACAUCAUGGUUCAACAUAUCGUCCGAUGGGUUGAAAGCCCUGAUUCAUUCCUUUACGACCGCGCCCUCCACUACUAUGUUCAGACGAUGUCGAAGAAGGCCUUCCUCCAGUUACUGACAGACUUCCGACGAGUCGGCUCAAACGUCAUCUUUGCGAAUGCAAACCGCAUGUUGGUCCAGACUACCAAAUUCGACGUUGGAAAUGCCUACGCCUACAGCCAGUAUAUCCUAAAAGCCAUCAAAGCAAAGCCGUUGUUUCACUUCCUGGAUCUGGAGAUUAAGGAGUACUGGGAUUACAUUGUUUGGUACGAUGAAGUCAACUAUGGCGGCAAGGGGUGCCAGGAAGUCAUCGAGGCCGAGAAACAGUCGUUGAACACUGUCAUGCACUGGCAACUCGCGAAGUUCCUACCCACAACCCUUCAGAGCGUCUUCCACGAGUGGGUAGUCGAGUUCAUCGAGAUCAUGCACAGUCAAAAGCAUAUACUGCCGGAUUCCGGCGUCGAGCUUUCUACUCCCAGACCCACCCAGCUGCACCUCAAGAAAUCUGAAGACGACGACACGGAGAAGAUUGUCCUGGGCAAAGAAUUCCAGAAGCCUUUGCGCAAGCAGAUUGCGCAGCUUGUUCGCCGCCAGCACGAAUCGAUGAUACAUCCCGAGAUGGAAGUUGACUUCGAGUUCCCGAAACUUCCCGGAGCCAUCAAGACGCUGAAGAAUCCUGCGCUCCAGUUGAUCCGAUCCCUCACCGCGGUAUUUGGAUUAGCAAAGGAGAUCAACAUCGAAGCACGAGUCCUGCGAAAGGAACUUCUCGGCCUACUCGAUAUCAAAGAAUUCAGCCGCGACGGAGUCUUCGAAAACCCCAGCGAGAGUCUCAAGUUCUCGCAAGUAAUCUGCAGCGAAUGCACAAUGCCGCGCGACCUCGACCUGUGCAAACACGAAGACUUCAUGCCCGAGCUCGAUGCCGACGCAGGUCAACGAAAGGACAAGGCAUGGAAAUGUUCUUACUGCGGGAGCGAAUACGAUCGACUGGCCUUCGAGGAGAAGAUGAUCGGUCACCUCCAGCAGAUCAUUACUGGCUACAAUACGCAGGACCUGAAGUGCAGCAAAUGUGGCCAACUGAAGGAGAAUGAGUUUGAGGAGCACUGUAAGUGCUCGGGGCCAUGGGAAACCACCGUCGAUAAAGAGGCGUUGAUGAAGCGACUGGCUGUGUACAAGAGUGUGGCGGAGUACUAUGAUUUUGAUAUGUUACUAGAGGUAUCUACGAGCACCAUGGGAAUGGUUUGAUCGCUGUGUUGAACAGGGUUGUUUGGGACGUGGUUUUGGGCAUUUCGUUUUGGCG